CGCCUUCCGCACUUCACUACUCUUUCGCUGGGAAGACUAACGUUUCCCGUAAACGUAAAGCCCUAUAGAUUGUGCAAGUGAACGUGUGCAACUAGCUGGUGUUGCAGUAGCGCUGUAAAUAGGAUAAAGUGUGCAGUACACUAUUACUUGCGUCAUGUCUGGGAAACCAGUCGACGUGCGAGACCUUCCUGGGGUUGCCGUGGGUAUCGACCUGGGCACGACGUACUCAGUGGUGGCAGCGUGUCGUCUCGGAAGAGUGGAGCUGCUCGCCAACGACAACGGCAACCGCACAACCCCCAGCGUCGUCGGCUUCCUGGAGGGACAGUCGUUUGUUGGGGACGCGGCCAAAGAGCUGCCCGCCAUAAACCAGGUGUUUGAUGCCAAGCGGCUCGUCGGACGCCAAUGGAGCGACCUGGACAUCCAGAAGGACAUGGACGUGUGGCCCUUCCUGGUGGUGGAGCAAGACGGCGUGCCGAGGAUCAGGGUAGAGGCCGACGGAAAGAAGGAGACCUUCGCACCAGAGGAGAUUUCCGGAAUGGUACUCCAUGAUCUCAAGAAAACUGCCGAAGCCGCGUUGGGGCAGUCUGUAUCCAAGGCCGUCGUCACCGUUCCUGCCUACUUCAACGAGAGGCAGCGUCAGGCCACCAAGGACGCAUGUAAGAUCGCGGGUAUGGAGGUGCUUGCCAUCAUCAAUGAACCCACAGCAGCUGCUAUUGCCUACGGCCUGCACAACGUAAAGGGCAUCAGCUCCGCAAAGACUGUGUUCAUUUUCGACCUGGGUGGCGGGACGUUUGACGUCUCCGUUAUGAAGAUCACCGGCAGCGAUUUCCGCGUCCUGGGCUCGGGCGGCGACACCCACCUGGGCGGUCAAGACUUCGACGUGAUCCUCCUCAAUCACUGCAUCAAGGAUGCUACUAGAAAGUUGGGUGUGGAUCUAGCGCUUGACAAGCAAGCCGUUCAGGACCUCCGCAAGGCAUGCGAGCUCGCAAAGCGCAAGCUGUCGACGAUGCCCCAGGCGACAGUGUCAGUUUUCUUCCCCCGUCUCAACAAGGGCUAUCAGACUACCAUCUCAAGGGCCCUUUUUGAAGACCUGUGCUCCGCAUUGUUCAAGAUGACCAUCAAGGUCAGCAAACAGGUGCUGGCUGAUGCAAAGGUAGGGCUGGACUUAAAACUUAAAAUCUGUAUGGGCGCGAGAAAUGUGAGAAAAGUACCCUUCACCCCCAGCCUGCAAAUGGCAUGGCACACGCAUCUAGGAGCUAAUCUUUUCCGCUUGUAA